AUAGAAUCAGGCCCACCCGUCAGAAAAUGCUCGUGGGCAGUUGAGCCCGGUAGAAAGAAACCCAUUGAGACGCCCAAACCCUACCGCGCCUCGCAGCUCCCGCCUCCCGGACGCCGACACCCAGCAGCCGCCGCCGGCGCCGACGAGGGCUUAUUCGCCACCGAUUCUCUUCGUGUUCUUCCUCGUGGACGCUUCGUUGCUGAUUUGUUCUCGGCAUGGGCAAAUCCAAAGACAAGAAGGUUUCGCGGGAAGCCAAGGUUGAUAAGAAGCUGGCGCUUGGGCUUGGAGUGAAGAGGAAGCAGCUGAAGAAGAAGAAGGAUAGAGUUUUAGAUGCUGCCGUUGAGAGCGAGGGCGCUGCCGGACAUGCUAUCGCGGAAGAUAUAGGAAGCAAGAAGAUUGUAUUGGUGAAGCAAAAGAAGAAAAUUAAGCAUGCCAAAGUAACAAGCUGUUGUACCAAGGCUCAUAAUUUGGUGACUCUCAAUGAGGAUGAGGCAACACCUAAGCUGAAGAAGAAGAAUAAGAGCAAAAAACAGCUAAAGGAAAGCAAAAGUCCUGUUGAGGUACAAAGUCCAUUGGACAGUAAUGAUACUGGAACACUUAAGCUGAAGAAGAAGAAAAUGAAGGUGAAGGAAGGGAAGAGCUCUGUUGAGCCCAAUGAUGCAGAUGAUAUCCUGCAUGAAAAUCUAGAUGAAGAAACUCUAAACGCUGAUGUCAACCAACUUGCAGCAGAGAGUGAAGUUAUGGAUAUUGGGGAACCAGAAAAGGCAAAGAAACGAAAGAAAAAUAAGACAGCUGAUGUCAAACAAGUUGCAGAAGAGAGUGAAGUUAUGGACAUUGGGGAACCAGAAAAGGCAAAGAAACGAAAGAAAAAUAAGACAAAGAAAGUAAAGCAAUCUGGGGAAGUCAACAGGACUGAUAUGCAGGUAUCAGUUAGAGAGGACAAUUUGGAGGAGCAUGAAGUUGAUACCGCAGAUGUUGAUGAGAUUGCAUCAGUCGAUGAAGACUGUUCCAGAGGAAUGAAAAAAUGGAUCUUGGAGUACAGACAGAAACGGCCAGGCUUGAAAGUCUUGCAGCAAAAUAUAGAUGUGUUUAUAACUGCACAUGAGGAACAACAAGAGCGGGAGAAGAAGGAAAGAGAGGCAGCAGCUGCAGAAGAUGGGUGGACAGUUGUGAUGCAUCAUAAAGGUAGGAAGAAGACUACAGAUGUUGAAACUGGAACAGCGGUUGGCUCUGUAUCUCUGGCUGCAAUGCAAGAGAAAAUGGCUCAGAAGAAACCCAAGGAAGUUGGCCGGAACUUCUACAGACAUCAGAAACGAGAAGCUCAAAUGAGUGAGCUGGCGAUGCUGCAGAGCAAGUUCGAGCAGGACAAGAAGAGGAUACAGCAGCUGCGGGCUCAAAGGAAAUUCAAGCCUUACGGAUUUUGAAGGGGGCUCCUCCAUGGAGAGGCAGUGUUCGUUCCACAUCACUCGAGACCAGCCGUCGCUGGAGUGCUGGCUUGGUUGCUAUGUUGAACGUGCACUGUAUUCCUUUUUUUGACAGAAAAUGUCGCAUCGUUGGACAAAUGUACCAUGCUUCUUGACUGGGAACGGUGCCAGUUGUGUACAAUGGUUUGAACAUUUGCAGCAAGUGUAUUAUUGGUUAUCUGGCCCAUUUUGUGGAUCAA